GCCUAGGUUUUUCACUGUAAAAGAAACGGCGGCAAAAGCACCAGAAGGAAGAAGUAGAAAGCCACCAUAACUCUAAAUACUGCAUCUGCUCCACUUGUAACAAAUACGGCGGUCUCUUCUUCUCGACUGCGUCUGCAGCUCCACGAGGUUUUCAUAGUGAAGGGGGGCAAGAGACAAUGAAGCUGGACGUGAACAUGUUGAGAUACCUCUCAAAAGAGGAUUUUAGGGUUCUAACUGCUGUGGAAAUGGGAAUGAGAAAUCAUGAAAUUGUACCCUGUGAGCUGGUGGAGCGCAUAGCUUCGCUCAAGCAUGGAGGAACUUAUAAAGUUCUGAAGAAUCUGCUCAAGCAUAAGCUCUUGCAUCAUGACUCUUCUAAAUAUGAUGGGUUUCGGCUCACCUACCUUGGUUAUGAUUUUCUUGCAAUCAAAACUUUGGUCAACCGUGGAGUCUUUGUGUCCGUUGGUCGACAAAUUGGUGUAGGGAAAGAGUCUGAUAUCUUUGAGGUGGCCACGGAAGAUGGUACCGUGAUGGCAAUGAAGUUACACAGGCUUGGUAGAGUUUCUUUCAGAGCUGUUAAAUCGAAGCGUGAUUACUUAAAACAUCGUAGCAGUUUUAGUUGGCUCUACUUGUCCCGCCUUGCAGCACUCAAAGAAUUUGCUUUUAUGAAGGCCUUAGAGGAGCAUGGUUUUCCUGUUCCUAAUGCUGUGGAUUGUAACAGGCAUUGUGUCAUUAUGUCAUUAGUACAAGGCUACCCAUUUGUGCAGGUGAAGCAAUUGCAAAAUCCAGAGGUGGUUUUUGAAACAAUCAUUGGACUUGUUGUUCGCCUCGCCGAACAUGGUUUAAUUCACUGUGACUUCAAUGAAUUUAACAUCAUGAUUGAUGACGACGAGAGGGUCACCAUGAUUGAUUUUCCACAAAUGGUAUCUGUAUCACAUCAUAAUGCACAGAUGUACUUUGACCGUGAUGUUGAAUGUGUAUUUAAGUUUUUCAAAAAGAGGUUCAACAUGUCUUUUCAAGAAUGCACAGAUGAUAUUGAUGGAACAGAGGUAGAUACAGAUUCAAGUGGUAGGCCUUGUUUUUCUUCAAUAGCCAAGGAUGCUGUUUUUCUGGACAAGGAACUUGCUGCUAGUGGGUUUACUAAGAAGGAUCAGGAAGUCGUUGAGAAGUUCAUUGAAGGAGGUCUGGAGAAGGAUGCUAGUUCUGAUGAUGAAGGUACUGGAGAUGGCACACACAUCUCUGAGGAGGAUGCUAGUUCUGAUGAUGAAGAUUUCGAAGAUGCCACACACAUCUCUGUGUUAAAUGAAGCGAACAUAAAGGGUGUUGAUUCAUUGCAUUUGCUAGAUCAGGGUCAGACUUUAAAUUCAAAGCAUGAAGAGGAAGGAGUAGGGAACAAUCUAAGAAACUGUGAAGUAGGUCCAAGCAGUAAACCUGAAUCUCAAGAUGAGGGAGAUGAUGAGGCUGCAAAUGACGAUGAUGCUGAGCUGGAAAAGCGCUUGAGCAAGGUGAGACGACGUGCCGUAACAGCAGCUCGCGGAAGACGGAAGAAUCUUGCCUCCAGAAAUACCUACAAAGACAAGGGCGGUAGAUCCUCUCAGAGUUCCAAAGUCCAGAGCCAAUUAGGCAGCUGGUAGAAUAUGUGAAGUCCCACCGCAAAAACCAAGAUGUUUCCAUAAACAAUUGGAGUUGGUUGCAUACCAAAGAGAGGCUGGUAGCAUCACAUGAAAUUUUGUUCUCUUAGUACAGUGGUACCCAAGGUCCAAAAUAAUAACAUUAUGAAAUCCUUGUUAUAGCGGCUAUGGCGCGCGUCUAUUCAUGUAAAGUACAAUGUGAAAUCUUUCUUUGGUUUUAGUUGUCUUCACAAUUUCUCAA